UAAGCUUCGACUUUGGCCGGUUGAGUAUUCGAUAUAUCUAUAUAUAUUGGUUGAAAUACGCCGAUUUACAGCUUAGCAGGUGUAGCUAGCAGAGACUCUGUAACAACAGUAUCUAGAACGGCGGACAAUCUGAUAACCAAUCUUUUGAAACGAUCUUCGGUAAAAUGUCUGCCGACCGUCUGGAUGUGAUUAUCUUUGGUGCCAGUGGUUUUACCGGCAAGUACACGGUUUUCGAGGCUGUAUCCGUGCUUAGCGGCUUGCGAUGGGGAAUCGCUGGCAGAAACCGCGAGAAACUGGUAGCAGUCCUUAAGGAGAUGGGUGCCAAGGCCAAAAAGGACCUCUCACAGGUCCCCAUCUUUAUAGCAGACGUCAACGACGAGGCUUCGCUGCUGGAAAUGGCCAAGAAGUGCAGGAUUGUUGUGAACACAGCAGGACCCUACCGAUUCCACGGCGAGAAGGUGGUAAAGGCCUGCGUCGAAUCGGGCACGCAUCAUGUGGAUGUUAGUGGAGAGCCCCAGUACAUGGAGACGAUGCAAAUGAAGUACGACAAGCUGGCCAAGGAAAAGGGCGUUUAUGUGGUCAGCGCCUGUGGCUUUGACUCCAUACCCGCCGACAUGGGCGUCAUCUUUGUGGAAAAAAACUUUGAUGGCGUCGUGAACUCCGUGGAGACUUUUUUAGAGAGUGGAAUCAAGGAGGGCGAAAGUGGAAGAGGCAGCGCUGGACUAAACUACGGAACCUGGGAGAGCGCAGUCUAUGGGCUUGCCCACGCGGACGAGCUGCGCGGCAUCCGGCAAAAGCUCUACCCCCAGAGGCUGCCCAAGUUUUAUCCUGUUCUUAAGCCACGACCUCUGGUUUUCCGUGCCACCGAGGUUGACAAAGUGUGCCUACCAUUCCCUGGCUCCGAUCGCUCGGUAGUGAUGAGAUCCCAGCGCUUUCUCUACGAGCAGGAAAAAAAGAGACCAGUCCAAAUGCAGGCCUACGUAGGAUUUCCCUCUUGGCUGGCUGCUAGCGUUGUGAUCCUAUUUGCCAGCAUCUUUGGACUGUUCUCAAAGUUCAAAUUGGGGCGAACGCUGUUACUAAAGUAUCCCGGCAUAUUUUCCGGAGGAUUGGCCUCACGUUCCGGACCAAGUGAAGAGUCAAUGGAGCGCACCUAUUUUAGGAUGACAUUUAGAGCCAUUGGCUGGCCCAAAAGCGAUCGCCUGGCCGAGGGAUCAGACCAAUAUACGGAGCCCCCGUCCAAGUCUCUGAUGGUUCGUGUUUCGGGUAUGAAUCCUGGAUAUGGAGCAACCUGCGUGGCCCUGCUUUCUACGGCCUUAACCAUUCUUCGCGAGUCCGACAAAAUGCCUAAUAACGGCGGCGUUCUGGCUCCUGCUGCCGCCUUCUCAAAAACUAGCCUGAUCAGCGAGUUGGAAAAGCAUGAUCACGGCAUGAAGUUCGAGAUUCUGGCCAAUAAGUGAACUACAGAACGAACCUAAGAACUAAGACAUCGGCUCUCUUAACAAUUAGGCUAGUUUGCGAUUAUUGCACGUUGUCAACUGUAAUUAUAUAGAACGAACCUAAGAACUAAGACAUCGGCUCUCUUAACAAUUAGGCUAUCUUGUGAUUAUUGCAAGUUGUCAACUGUAAUUAUAUAAGCACUUAUUAAAUUUACUAACACAA